GUUCCGAGAGGGCGGGGCGGCGUCCCGAAACGGAAGGUGGUUGUCGUCGGUGCCCAAGCUGAUUUGAAAGUAGGGGUCGGGCUCGGUCGUCGUCGUUGUUUGUCGCCGCAUCCCCGCUUCGGGGUAGGCCGUUCCUGCCCGCCCCCGCCCCUCCUCCCUUCGGACCCAUAGAUCUCAGGCCCGGCUCCCCGCCCGACUCGCACCCCGCCCGCCGCAGCCCACUGUUGACCCGGCCCGUACUGCGGCCCCGCCGCCACCAUGUCCCUGCACGGCAAACGGAAGGAGAUCUACAAGUAUGAAGCGCCCUGGACGGUCUACGCGAUGAACUGGAGUGUGCGGCCCGAUAAGCGCUUUCGCUUGGCGCUGGGCAGCUUCGUGGAGGAGUACAACAACAAGGUUCAGCUUGUUGGUUUAGAUGAGGAGAGUUCAGAGUUUAUUUGCAGAAACACCUUUGACCACCCGUACCCCACCACAAAGCUCAUGUGGAUCCCUGAUACAAAAGGCGUCUAUCCAGACCUACUGGCAACAAGCGGCGACUAUCUCCGUGUGUGGAGGGUUGGUGAAACAGAGACCAGGCUGGAGUGUUUGCUAAACAAUAAUAAGAACUCUGAUUUCUGUGCUCCCCUGACCUCCUUUGACUGGAAUGAGGUGGAUCCUUAUCUUUUAGGUACCUCAAGCAUUGAUACAACGUGCACCAUCUGGGGGCUGGAGACAGGGCAGGUGUUAGGGCGAGUGAAUCUUGUGUCUGGCCAUGUGAAGACCCAACUGAUCGCCCAUGACAAAGAGGUCUAUGAUAUUGCAUUUAGCCGGGCCGGGGGUGGCAGGGACAUGUUUGCCUCUGUGGGUGCUGAUGGCUCUGUGCGGAUGUUUGACCUCCGCCAUCUAGAACACAGCACCAUCAUUUACGAAGACCCACAGCAUCACCCGCUGCUUCGCCUCUGCUGGAACAAGCAGGACCCUAACUACCUGGCCACCAUGGCCAUGGAUGGAAUGGAGGUGGUGAUUCUAGAUGUCCGAGUUCCCUGCACACCUGUCGCCAGGUUAAACAACCAUCGAGCAUGUGUCAACGGCAUUGCUUGGGCCCCACAUUCAUCCUGCCACAUCUGCACUGCAGCGGAUGACCACCAGGCUCUCAUCUGGGACAUCCAGCAAAUGCCCCGAGCCAUCGAGGACCCUAUCCUGGCCUACACAGCUGAAGGAGAGAUCAACAAUGUGCAGUGGGCAUCAACUCAGCCCGACUGGAUCGCCAUCUGCUACAACAACUGCCUGGAGAUACUCAGAGUGUAGUGUUGGUGGCGCUGUGCCCACGAGGCAGGGGCUUUUGUGUUUCCUGCCUCUGCCCCACCCCCAAAGUAAGAAGAAACAUGUUUCCAGUGGCCAGUAUGUCUUUCAUUGCUUUGCACCCACUGUUACCAGAAGCUGCUCUAGGAGUUCCUGGCCAGUCACCCCAUCGCCCUCUGUGGCAGACUCAGUGCUGUGUGGCGCCUCCUCAGCCCAGGGCUGAGUUUUAAGAUUUUCUCUCCUUUCCUCUUCUUCUUUGGUUCCUCAAUUAAAAAUGUGUGUAUAUUUGUUUGUCAGGCAUUGUGUUGAGGAGCAGUUCACACACUGGCUGUGUCUAUUCCUCUGACCAGGUGUCUCUGUCUGUUUGCUGCCCAAGGCAGCAGCCCACGUCUCGCCCAUGUCCAUGUUCGUUUAGCACUUACGUGGGAACAAAUACCAAUUUGUCUUUUCUCCUAGUAUCAGUGUGUUUAACAAAUUUUAACUUUGUAUAUUUGUUACCUAUCAGGCUAAUUUUUUUAUGA